CUUAUAGCAUGUUCGACUGGCUCUGGGUUAACCCACUCUGGGUUAUUUAGCUUACGUUUAUUGGUCGAACAAGUACUUAUAAGCUUUAUGAUUGGCUAGUAGAGACCCACCUAUUAUCUUUAACUUUUAGCUUGGAUUGUAUUAUAUUCUCCUCACUCUCAGUUAUACUAUGAACCAGACAAGGAUAAGAGAGGAAACAAAAAACCUCUCUCUCAUCUCUCAAGCCUCAAGAGGCAGCGCGCGUUCCAGGUAGUGUAUAUUUCAGUGACGACUCCUGAGACCCUCCUGAGACACCUUAUUUUGAAGAGUUUUGGAAUAUGGUAUAUUCUUCGUUCACGAAUAUGGCUAGGUAGCAGAAUUUUCUAGCAAAAAUUCAUAGCAUCAACAGUACAAUAGUCUUUUAGUCGUUUGUUGAGAAAUGUAAAUUAUUAUUAUGAAAAAAUAUUAUAUGAUAAAACAUCACAAAGAACCAGUGUAUAAAUAACAUAGAAAGAUUAAUAUCGCCAGUUAUAAUGGCUGCUUGGAUCAGUGUAACUUCAAAAUUAGAGCAAGGUUUAAAAAUAGUGAGCCGUGUAGAUAAUAGUAAAUUUCGACUUCUUGUCAACCGUAUAUGCCAGAGCCUGCAAUCUAGCAUUGAUACAAAAGUCUUCAAUGAAGAAGAGAAAGAAAAAUUGCUGGUUUCUUUAGAUCUGACAAAAGAUGAGUUACUUCUUUUAUUGGAUACUGUAACAUCGGUUUACACGCAAGCUGCAUGUAAUAUCGUCAAACCAUCUAUCAUGGAAACGGUUAUGAGAGAUAAUUUGAAGAUAGACGACGAGAAAAUAUCAAUCUUUACAAAUGCAUGGAUGACAUAUGGAAAAGGCAUUGUAGAGAACCUGAGGCAAAAAUCUAUUUUUCCUACACAGGUAAAAGAUAUCAACUGGUGUCUGAAUGUUCAAUCAUCAUCCUCUACAAUUUCUCAAGAUGCACAAGCUGUAGCACUGCUUCAGCUAGGUCUCACUGGUGAUAAAACAUCUAUGUUAACAGUGGAAUUUGACAAGAAGCAACUGACGAGUCUCUAUUACAAUUUAGAAAAGAUUCAAGCCCAAUUGGAUGCUCUUAAAUAAUAAAAGACAUCUUUUGCACAUA